AUGGGGGUGCUGCGGAGCACGCAGAGCCUGGAGGCCGAGGUGGAGGAGAUGCGCGCCGCGCUGCUGCUCCACGGCGCGUGGGCGUGGAGGCCCGGCGGGGGCGGCGCGGCCAAGCGCGCGGCCCGCGCCGCGGAGGCCGCCGGCGUGGAGGCGCGCACCGUGUGCGUCACGGGGGGCACGUCCUUCCUCGGCUUCGCCGUCGUCGACCGCCUGCUCCGCCACGGCUACAACGUCCGCCUCGCCAUCGAGACGCAAGAGGACCUUGACAAGCUGCGGGAGAUGGAGAUGUUUGGGGAGAAUGGCAGGGACGGGGUCUGGACUGUGAUCGCAAAUGUGAUGGACCCGGAGAGCUUGCAUGAAGCUUUUGACGGCUGUGUUGGUGUCUUUCACACCUCGUCACUUGUGGAUCCAGGGGGCAUCUCCGGUUACACGAAACACAUGGCACGCCUGGAAGCCAAAGCAGCAGAGCUUGUGGUCGAAGCAUGUGUGAGAACAGAGUCCGUGAGGAAGUGCGUUCUCACCUCGUCGCUCUUGGCAUGUGUGUGGAGGCAAAACUUCGCUUAUGACCGCCGGUUCCCAACCACCAUUGAUGAGAAUUGUUGGAGCGAUGAGAGCUUCUGCCGCGACAACAAGCUGUGGCUGUCACUUGGCAAGACGAUGGCGGAAAAGGCGGCAUGGAGGGCAGCACGGGGAACAGACCUGAAGCUAGUGACCAUAUGCCCUGCACUUGUAACCGGGCCGGGAUUCCUGAGGCGGAACCCUACUCCAUCCAUUGCCUACCUCAAAGGAGCGCACGCCAUGCUCGCCGAAGGCCUGCUGGCGACGGCGAACGUGGAGAGGGUGGCGGAGGCGCACGUCCGCGUGUACGAGGAGAUGAGCGGCACGGCCGGGGGCCGGUACAUCUGCUACGACCACGUGGUCCGACGAGGCGAGGAGUUCACGGAGCUGCAGCGGCAGCUGGGGCUCCCGGGCAGGGUUCCCGCGACGCCCCAAGACGACGACCGGCCGCCGCGGUUCCAGCUCUGCAACCGCAAGCUGUCGGCGCUGAUGUCCGCACGGCGGAGGUGCACCUACGACGCCUACUUCCCCGUGUUGUACGAAUGA